AUGGCCUUUCUGGGCUCAGCCUCUGCCUUUCCAGCAUCUCGCACUUUCAUGGCACGUGGCGUUGCACAUGCGCCGCCGACCUCGGAGAUCACUUUGAGAGCCGCCUGGCGGCUGCUCACCAAGCGCGAUCCGCACCCUCUGUCAAGCGUUUUUAAAAAGUUGUCCAAAAAGGGUUCGAAAGCAGUCAGAUCCGGCGAUGAUGGCGCGUGGAACGAGCAAGCGGAAAGCGGCAAAAGCGUCGAUGGUCGCGAGUCGACGAGGAGUCCAUCGUCUUCUCGCUCCACGCCAGCCGACAAGCUGAGGCAAAGCUUCUCCAUCAUGGGUUCUCCGCCAUACACCUUUGAUGCCGAUGGAUCUUGGAAUGCCGGAUCUUCUGCGCACGGUGGUGAAAUUAUGAAUUGGAUCUCUCCCGAAGGACAUAGAGGACCUUAUCAGCACGGCUUGCAUGCUCAUCCAAACGAGGAUAGCAGACUACGAACGCACGAGCUGCUCGUCGAGGUUCCGAGGGGAAUCGACCCGCUCGGCAACCCGCAUUUCAGGCAGCAUCCAGCUUUUCAACGCACGUCCAGUCACGUAUCGAGUUUAGGCGAGAUCUCGAGCGCUUCGGGAUACGUGUCCAGCCAUGAGGAGAAUGCGGAGCACGAAAGUAGAAGGGAGGAAGAGAGAUCUGGCAGAAUUCAGCGAUUCCUGGGCUUUUCGAAGAAGAAGGGAAGGAAGAAGCAUCGAUGA